AUGGCUGUCGGUGGUAAUAACUGGAGCAUGUGGCUGCGAAUGUCACGGGUCCACCUCAGGCAGAUCACGAAGUCUCUGGACCGAACGCUGAUCAGUUUGAGCCAUGGGAAUUUUUCCCACCAAUAUAAUCGCAAUAUUUUUGUCACUUGGUGGAAGAGCCUAUUUGAGGCUUCUACAGCUUUUAGGAGGGCAAGUGGUUUAACGGUAUCUCCUCUCACGAGGAGAGGAAUCGCAAGGUUUGACCAUUUCAGACCUGUUCCCAAUGUCAGUAAAUUUGCUUCUUUUCCCAGAGUGCCCAAAGGAGCCCCAAGGGGCCUUUUUACCAACUGGAAUAUGACUACAUCAAAGAGAUUAUUAGGGCAGAGAGCUUAUUCGACUUCCAGUAUCAAAUUUACCCAAGAAGCCGUGAAUAACAUGACUAUAUCUUUGAGGUGUUUUUUCAACUCACUAGGCGGAUUAAAUCAGUGCUCCCACUCUAAUUCCUGCAAAGCUUAUCAGAAUGCGUCUAAUGUUACCUCUAAACAGGAUCACGUCCAACCAGUUGCCCUUAAGAAGUUAUCUCAAAAGGAUAUCAAUUUCAUUCGUAAUUUAGAACUAUUUAAGAUAAUGAAGACCCAGAAUGAAGUCGUUGAUGAAACAAGCGCAUAUUACAUGGAAAAACCAGGUUCCUAUAUUGAAUUUACCAUUUCAGAAUUUAACGUUAAUGGGACAUUCUCCGCACCUUUGUCAUUUUUAGAUCCUUCUUUGUUAGCGGAUUUGGAUGAAAUGAUUAGAAAUUACAAAUACGAAUUAAAAUCAAUAUACAGUAGUGUUGACAUGAUCUUGCAGAAUUAUGGAUCAUUGCCGAUAACUUUUCAUCGAAAUAAGAUUCGAAUACAUUUUCCAAACUCAACUGUGGUGGAAACAGAAAAACUAAUUGCAGGUCUGAAUAUUGCUACGGGUGUUAUUUACGCAGAUACGUCUCCCGAUAUCAGUCUAGAAGGUACAAAUUUGAAUGCUCUGGUUAAUGUUGACAAUUCAGGAAGCGUAUGGUCUUUUGUUAAGGAGCCCUCGUUUCCCUCUAGGAGCGCUUUUUCACCUAUUUUAUCAGAUGCAUCCUAUGAUACUUAUGAAUUGGUCUAG